AAGAUUAUUUUGUUGGCGCUCAAAAGACUUAGUUUGCUCGAACUGUACAUACAAUGUACACAGAGUUUGCUUCCAGUUGAGUGAAUUCUGACAGAAAUUGUGGCAGAUUUUUGGUCGCUCCUGUGUUGCCGUGCAAUGUCAGAUGUGGACAAUCCUGUUAGAGUCAUGGUGUGGGCCACUCUUAGGACUUGCUCCUCUGCUCUCUUGAAGAGCUUAAGCAACCUUCCGGAUUCCCAGGUGAUCUUUGAGAUUUACACCACUGCCUUCUACAAUGGGCCCGAGAGAUUUGACCCCAAUACAAAUAUCCUCAUCGAGGAACCAGUUAGUACAGCUGUCAAGGUGGGCGGGGAUGGGCUUAUCAAAGGUCCUGGGUCAGGGUUCCCAGGUUCAAUCUGCAGCUACGACUGGGCAAGGCGGCAACUGGAAGCCGACUACCCGGGCAAGGCGGUGAUUGUGGCGAAGGAGAUAGCUCCCUGGCUCCGUGGCAGGUACAAGGACAUCCCAAGGGGAUACCGACACGUGUUCUUGAUCAGGCACCCGACCAAGAUGUUCCCGUCCUGGAAGAAGCUCGAUCGAGAUUUCCUUGAGCUAGAGAGGGGCGUGAAAGUGGAACUGGAGGAUUUCGAAUUGGAUCAGCUACCCCCUCUGCUUGUGCCUCCCGGUCUAACCUACAAGGAGAUCUUUGACUUGUGGCAGUUUGUCAAAGACGGCAACUUGGACCCGGACCCCAUCGUUGUGGAUUCAGAUGACCUUGUCUGCAACCCAGCUCAGGUACUAUUGUCUCUUUGCGAGCAUCUGGGGAUACCCUACACCGAUUCUCUUCUGUCGUGGCAGCAAGGCACAGAGUGUGUCAAGGACUGGCUUGUCGAUUCGCGGCUCAAGCACAUCAUAGAAAACAUGGCCUUUUUCCACAACUUCCGGGAAAGCACGUGCUUCCUGAAACCAGAGACUGUAAGUAAAGUUUCAGACGUUGCGUCCCUCUCAGCAGAUCUGCAGCGCUGUAUCAACCUCAGCAUGCCUUACUACUCCAAGAUGUACGAACAGCGUCUAAAGUACUGAUCAUAACCUAAAAUUCACUUAACUUCUGAAGAAGGAUUUUUUUUUACACAAGCCCUUAAUGCUACAUUUGAUACAAAUUGAUACAACUUCAAAUUACUACUAACCAAGACAAUAUCAAUUUGUUCAAUCAUUUGCUUAACAUAUUUGUAGCCUCUGAAAUUGAAAAACAAGGAAAUUCAUUGUUUGACUUUUUCCCCCAAAAUUUACAAUGAAAUGGAUUUUUUAAUUGGAUUUGAGGAAUGAAAUGUUUUGUAAGUUUUUUAUUCUCAGUUUUUACAAUACACACCCACCAUACCAGAUGGAUCAUCCCAACAUGUUGCUGAAUGCACAUUUUAUGUAAAUACUAUUUUUCGAAUAGUUACAAUACUUAUUGUUCUUUUUUUUGCCUCAAUAGACACUAUUCAGCAUGCUGGGCUUUAGCCGAAAAAGGACCGGGGAAAGGGGGGGGGGGGUGAACCCCCAACUUUUUCUGCGAUACCCUUACAAAAAAAUGUUUUCCCGACCCGAGCUUUUCUGACUUUAAGCCUGAAGUCUUGCGCAUCUUUAAUACCAAAACAUAAAAUUCCGACCAUGGGUUACUGCACAGCAAAAGAUUUUUGACGCUGCACAGUGUGAAAAAUGAUUUUUUUUUUCCCGUAUGUACAUGUAGG